GCCGCCCGCGCUCCCGCAUUCUAGUACUCCGGUCUGGACACCUAGCUCAGGUGUGCACGUCCAGUUUGCAAACAUUCUGAGCGCACUCGGUGCAGGCGUGGGCGGGAACUCCAGGGCGCCUCCCUGUGAGCUUCCCCGGCGUGCUGGAGCGGGGCCAAGAGGGGCGGGGCGGAGCGCGGGGGCGGGGGCGGGGCCGGCGCCGCGGGCCUCUGCUGCCCUGGGCUGAGCGGUCGUCUCCACGCUUUGGUGAGGACCCAGGCCACCCACCAGGACAGGGAGCACUCCUUGGUCUGUGCUCUGGACUCUCGGAAGGGUGAGCGCACUGAAGAACGCAUACCGGGGUCCGCGUGGACUGGCUCGGGGUGGGCGGCUAGAUGGAGACGCGGGGGAGCGUCCCGUGGCGAGCUGUCCCAGCCAGCUGAACUCUUUCCAAAGGUCCUGCGGUGGCGGCGAGCUCUCUAGGUGCCGGCGGGCUUGGGGCGCGGGAAGGACGCAGAGGAGACCGGAUUCGUUUGCUCGGCUGUGGCUCCGAUCUCAGCCCCCGGUCGCUCAGCGUGGCGGGAGGCGCUCUGCCCGAGAAAGGGCGGGUAAGUGCGGCGCUGCCGAGUCCCGCGCGACACCCGUGUGACCGCCGGGCUGGAACCCGGCUAGGCUCCCAGACAAGGCUAGUUGUCCGGAGGCAAAGUUCCUUUCUCUUAAGCAACCUGAGCAGCUUUCUUCCUCUCGGGGCCGGCCCAAAGGCCCCGCUAUGGACGGCGAAAGCGAGGUGGAUUUUUCCAGCAACGGCGUCACCCCUUUGUGGCGGAGACGGUCCACCCCUCCGCUCCAGUUGCUCGGCCGGAGCAAGCCGCGGCCACAGUCGUACCAGAGCCCCAGCGGGCUGCUGAUCACUGACUUCCCGGUGGAGGAGCUGGCUGCUCUGCCCACAUCGCAGACUCCGGUUCGCGUACCCGCCGGCCCGGACGUCAGGACGGUGUCCAGGAGCCCCCAGCUUCUGUGCGCGCAUCGGAGGCCGGUGACCAAUGGUCGCACGGUGUCCCCGGACUACAGAGCUGCUUCUCCUCGACUCCGACGGCCCAAGUCACCCCUAGUUUCUUACACGGCGUCGGGCGGCUCCCCGAAGUCCGCUGCCAAUGGCACGGUGGCCUCACCCUCGGCGCUGUUGUCGCGCGCCUCCCGAACUCCGGACAUCCCGACCUCUUGCGCCCCUGAUGAGGACCGCACCGGAGUGACUGCCAGUAAGGCAUCUUCGCCCAUUACCAAUGGCUUUACCUCUAAAACCGACUCACCUGGCCCAGUAUCACAAACUGAUCAGUCAGCGGGGGACUUAGAGCCAGUCCCCUCGAGGCUCUCUCCUGCUCCCCAGCACAGGUCUUCAGAACAAAAACUGCCUCUCCAAAGGCUUCCCUCCCAAGGGAAUGAGCUCCCGAACUCUUCAGUGGUUUUGAGUACCAACAGCCCGGCGGCCCUCAAGAUGGGAAAGCAGCAGAUUAUCCCCAAAAGUCUUGCCUCCGAAAUUAAACUGAGUAAAUCCAAUAGUCAGAACGUGGAGCCCCAUAGGCGGCUUCUCAAGGUGCGCAGCAUGGUGGAGGGACUGGGAGCACCCCUGGGCCACGAAGGGGAGGAAAGCGAAGUCGACAAUGACAUAGACAGCCCGGGCUCCCUUCGGCGAGGCUUGCGGUCCACGUCUUACCGAAGGGCAGUGGUCAGCGGCUUUGAUUUUGACAGUCCCACCAGCUCAAAGAAGAAGAACAGAAUGUCCCAGCCUGUCCUCAAGGCGGUAAUGGAAGACAAGGAGAAGUUCUCUAGCCUGGGAAGGAUAAAGAAAAAAAUGCUGAAAGGACAAGGAACAUUUGAUGGGGAAGAAAAUGCAGUUCUGUAUCAAAACUACAAAGAAAAGGCUCUUGAUAUCGACUCCGAUGAAGAACCAGAGCCCAAGGAACAGAAGCCAGAGGAGAGAAUUGUGAUUCACCAUAAGCCACUGCGAUCCACAUGGAGUCAGCUCUCCGCGGUGAAAAGAAAUGGGCUCUCUCAGACAGUGAGCCAGGAGGAAAGGAAGAGACAGGAGGCAAUCUUUGAAGUCAUAUCGUCAGAACAUUCCUACUUACUCAGCUUGGAGAUCUUGAUACGGAUGUUUAAAGACUCGAAGGAACUGACUGAUACAAUGACCAAGACAGAGAGGCAUCACCUUUUCUCCAACAUUACUGAUGUCUGGGAGGCGAGCAAAAAAUUCUUCACAGAGUUGGAAGCAAGACAUCAGAAUAACAUCUUCAUCGAGGAUAUCAGUGACAUUGUAGAAAAGCACACAGCAUCCACGUUUGACCCCUAUGUGAAAUACUGCACCAAUGAAGUCUACCAACAGCGAACGCUGCAGAAGUUGCUAGCAACCAAUCCCUCCUUUAAGGAAGUGUUGUCGAAGAUUGAGUCCCAUGAAGACUGCAGGAACUUACCUAUGAUCUCUUUCCUCAUUCUCCCUAUGCAGAGAGUGACGCGCCUUCCCCUGCUGAUGGAUACUAUCUGUCAAAAAACACCCAAGGAGUCUCCAAAGUAUGAAGUCUGCAAAAGGGCCCUGAAGGAAGUGAGCAAGUUGGUUCGACUGUGCAAUGAAGGAGCACGGAAGAUGGAACGGACGGAGAUGAUGUACACGAUUAAUUCUCAGCUGGAAUUUAAAAUUAAGCCUUUCCCCCUGGUCUCUUCUUCCCGGUGGCUGGUGAAGAGAGGGGAGUUGACAGCCUAUGUGGAAGACACAGUGCUGUUCUCCAAGAGGAUGUCCAAACAGCAAGUCUACUUCUUCCUGUUCAAUGAUGUGCUUAUUAUUACAAAGAAGAAGAGUGAAGAAAGCUACAACGUCAAUGAUUACUCCUUAAGGGACCAGCUGUUGGUGGAAUCUUGUGACAAUGAAGAGCUUAAUUCUUCUCCAGGGAAGAACACUUCCACGAUGCUUUACUCACGACAGAGCUCUGCCACUCACCUCUUUACCCUAACAGUCCUCAACAACCAUGCCAAUGAGAAGGUGGACAUGCUGCUUGGGGCUGAGACCCAGAGUGAGCGAGCCCGCUGGAUCACAGCCCUGGGACACAGCAGUGGGAAGCAGCCACCAGACAGAACCACACUGACCCAGGUGGAAAUCAUUAGAUCUUUUACUGCCAAACAGCCCGAUGAGCUUUCCCUGCAGGUGGCAGACGUGGUCCUCAUUUAUCAGCGUGUUGGCGAUGGCUGGUAUGAAGGGGAAAGACUUCGAGACGGAGAGCGGGGCUGGUUUCCAAUGGAAUGUGCAAAGGAGAUAACAUGUCAAGCUACUAUUGAUAAGAAUGUGGAGAGGAUGGGACGCUUGCUAGGACUGGAAACCAACGUGUAACCUCUCAGAUGGCCAAUGGAUCGGGGGCUAAUUUUACCAUUAUUACAGUCUGCUUAAUUAAAAAGAUGGAAACACUUGCCUCUAAGCUUGCCAAGCCAUUCUGCACUUUUGAAGAACAGCUACCAGAUGCAGUUAGUCCACAAAACUCAGCUUUUCAAAAUGAUGCUCCUGAAAACUUCUGCGUUCAGGGAUGACGAGUCUUGGCUCCCACCACUUCCACUGUGUUUUCUAAGAUGCUGUAUCCUGGCCUCUCUGCCCCUACUUCACUCAGAAUGUUGCUCUUCCCCAUGAGAGUUUCUCCUUUGUAUGGUCCCAUAGCACCAGCAAGUUUGUCUUUGAGAGUGUUCAUUUUGUAUAUAGUUUUCUGUCUUAGCCUAAUGCUGUUAAUUCCAUAAGGAACUAAUAAUAGUUUUGUAGGUGAGCUGUCAUGUUUUGUAAACCUCUUUCUACGAAAGGGAAAUUGACACUUGAACUCUGCCUCCAUUUUCCUUAUUAGAAGGAAGGUGAGGCGCCACCCAGUGAGGAUUUUUAAAAAUCUAUCUCAUUCAGUAUUGUUCUUAGAUAACUAUAGUAUCACAACCCUAAACUACUAAAAUGACAUGGGAUUUACAGCUCACACAUGUGAGAACAUCCUGAAGACAGGAUAUUACGGGUCAACGGCUAAAGAUCUGACAUGAGCUUGCUCUGCCUUCAGUAACACAUGGUUCCUGACAAUUCUACUUGUUUUCAAUUGAAAAUGGCUGGGAACAUACAUUAACAAUCUUCAGAAAGAGAAAAUUAAACUUAAUAUUAAGAUGCCAACAAGGUACUUGCUUGAAAUAUUUUGACGUUAGCAGGAACUUGUUGCUUUAAAUACUUGGUAGAUGGGUUUGGAGUCUCUCUUAGCUAUGAGUUCCAAAAAGAUACUGUUUUUCCACUAGGACAAGGAGUGACAAUGUAGUAUACUAUGGUUUAUUAAAAGGUAAUAAAGGUUUGAAAGACUGACACAGGAAACAUUUUCAUUGGUAGCUAUAACCCCUCUAUUCUGUUUCCCAUGUUCAAAUCUACAGACAUUAUCAGCUGGCUCAGAUCUUUGUCCCAUGUCCCUGUUCCCAUCUAAACAGCACCCAGACUGUAAGAUUCCAGAAGCCCAGUGUGUAGGUGUGCCUGGCUCAUACCCUGGAACCCAUCCACCUCAGCAGUAAAGCGGAGUAGGGCUCCCAGGCACUUCUCACCUUUGGGUUGCCUGCCUUUUGCCUGUGUAUGUAUCCCUAGCAAAAGACAUUCCAGGCCCUGAGUCUGUGGAGGUAUGUGUAAGUACAUGAAUGAAGCUAUAGCAGUAGCCCACAGCAAGAGAGGUCCCAGGAUUAUAAAACGGGAAAUCUGUCUCCUCUGAAAGAUGAGAUGAUAAUGUCACGAACUCUUUAGAAGUGCUAACAAGUUGUAGUUUAAUGUCAUGUUUUACUUGAGGCAGGUGUUGCUUGAAAGAGGAGUCAUUUUGUAUUAUUUUUUUUGCUAAUACCCAUUUGGAGCUAUAAAGUAAUACUAUGAAUCCUGUGAAUUAAUUUAUACGUGCUCAACAGUGUAGAAAUACAUGUGUCCUUUAAGGCAAGCAGCUGAACACUGUUAUUACAGUGUUCCUGUAUAACACUUUAUACAGGUAACGGUCACAUCGUGUCAUUUCAACUGUGAUUGUUUUUAACGUUUUUUAUGCCUUCUUUGAAAUGUACAGUGUGACUUCACUCUUACAAAAACAGAAAUGUUACUUUUGUUCCAAUAAAUUGAAACUGCUCGUACACUUUCAACAAAGCUUGUGAAUUUAUAAAGAGUUUACAUAUAUUUGUCUUUCUGUACUGGUGUGAUUUGAUUUAGUCGUGGUAUGAAGUUUCUGGCUGAGGGGAUUGGUGGUUAAAUAAAAGCUAUACUGGAAAGCUACCU